GAAAGCAAAGGUAAUAUGUUGCUGUGAAUUAAUGGUGACAGCGGACACCCAAGCUGUCAUUCAAUAAACCAAACAAACGAAACACCUAUUUGUAUAGCAUCCCUGUCCCAAAACAGCCUACGCCUUCCUUUUUUUUAACUCACUAAUAUUCACUCAUGUCUUCUAAUUUACGAAUUGCCUGUGUUAUGGUCGGUUUACCGGCUCGAGGCAAAACUUACAUCUCUCAAAAAGUGUGUCGUUAUUUGACUUGGCUUGGGAUCAAAACCAAGGUGUUCAAUGUGGGAAAUUAUCGUCGUCAACUGCAUGGUGCGCAUCUUCCUCAUACUUUUUUUGAUCCACAUAACGCUGUGGGUGAACAACAACGACGAGAAGCUGCCGCGGCCGCUUUGGAGGAUAUGAUCCGUUGGUUUGAUGAGGAACAGGGGAUUGUAGCGAUUUACGAUGCCACCAACAGCACCCAGAAACGAAGAAGAUGGUUGAAAGAGAGAUUAGCCAAAGAAGACAUUCAAGUUCUCUUUAUCGAAUCGAUCUGCCAGGAUGAAGCCUUGAUCCUCGCCAAUAUCAAGGAAGUCAAACUCUCCUCCCCAGAUUAUGCAAAUACCGAUCCCGAUGAAGCUGCCCAAGAUUUCCGUGCGCGCAUCGAGCAUUACAAGGAACGUUACGAAACAAUCACAGAACAAGAACUCACUUACAUCAAGCUCAUCAAUGUCGGCAGUCAGAAUAUCAUUAAUAUGAUCCAAGGGUACCUGGAAUCGCGCAUAGUGUACUACCUAAUGAAUCUUCACAUCGCGCCACGAAAGAUCUAUUUCAGUCGGCACGGUGAAUCACAAUACAAUGUUGCUGGCAAAAUUGGUGGUGAUUCGUACUUGUCACCACGCGGAAAACUAUAUGCUCAGAAACUGCCUGGACUGAUCAAUGCCAAUCUGGCAGAUCAGCCUCUCACGGUUUGGACGUCAACAAUGAAACGGACCAUAGAAACAAGCGAGCUAUUGGAUUAUCCAAAAUUACAGUGGAAAGCUUUAGACGAGCUUGAUGCUGGUGUGUGUGAUGGCAUGACCUACGAAGAAAUCGAGCAAGAAUAUCCGGAAGAUUAUGCCAAUCGGGACGAGGAUAAGUUUAAUUACCGGUACCGUGGUGGCGAGUCUUAUCGGGAUGUUGUAUUACGAUUGGAACCUGUGAUCAUGGAACUGGAACGGCACGAGAACAUUUUGAUCAUUGGACAUCAAGCUAUUCUACGAUGCAUCUAUGCGUAUUUCAUGAACUACAGCCACGAGGAAUUGCCCUAUAUCAAGAUCCCGCUACAUACCGUGAUUGAGUUAACCCCUAAAGCGUACGGAUGUGAAGAAAAACGCUAUAAAGUGGAUAUUGAUGCGGUUGAUACGCACCGUCCGAGACCCAGUCGCGCGGAUUCGAUACGCAAACAAGCGGCCAAGGCAAACGUUGGGAAAUCCGAAGGAUUACACCUUGGCAAAUUGCCUGCAGGUGCGAGUGGUGAAAUUGUGAGAGACCCAAUGAGUCCUAUCGUACCCAUCAGCCCACAGUUAUUUCCCAAAGGAGGCACUCCUACCAAAGAUAGAAAACGAAGUGCUUCCUCUUCUGGCACAACCAAUCACUCUGAAGCUGAAAUGACAACGUUAAAUCUGCCCAAAUAAAGCCUCUUGCAAUAUUUAAGUUAAUAACCAUGGUGACUGAUAAUUUCCACACUAGAUUAAGAAUUUGGAUAAUGUGAAACGCAACAGUUGAUGGCAGAGAAUUUUAAGAACGACAUUGUAAAUACUAUACGUUCGCAAUGAUAUUUUCCACAUUGAUCACAAUACCCACAUGUGGUGCAGAAUACAUGCCCUCACGCUACUGAGCAAAGUACCAGUAAUUUUUGGGGAUAACGGUAAUGGAGAGUUGUUGCUUUCCAAACUUGAGAAGGAACAAAAAAAAAGGCAACGUCA